AUGACUUCCCAGUACAGCGUCCGCAAGGUUGGCGCUCCCUACACCUUGGAGCACCGCGUCUACAUCGAGAAGGAUGGCGUCCCCGUCUCGCCCUUCCACGAUAUCCCGCUCUAUGCCAAUGCCGAGCAGACCAUCCUCAACAUGGUGGUUGAGAUUCCCCGCUGGACCAACGCCAAGCAGGAGAUCUCCAAGGAGGAGCUCCUGAACCCCAUCAAGCAGGACACCAAGAAGGGCAAGCUCCGCUUCGUCCGCAACUGCUUCCCCCACAAGGGCUACCUCUGGAACUACGGUGCCUUCCCCCAGACCUGGGAGGACCCCAACUCCAUCCACCCCGAGACCAAGGCCAAGGGUGACAACGACCCGCUCGACGUCUGCGAGAUCGGUGAGCUCGUCGGCUACACCGGCCAGGUCAAGCAGGUCAAGGUCCUCGGUGUCAUGGCCCUUCUCGACGAGGAGGAGACUGACUGGAAGGUCAUCGUCAUUGACGUCAACGACCCUCUUGCCCCCAAGCUCAACGACGUUGAGGAUGUUGAGCGUCAUCUCCCCGGCCUUAUCCGUGCCACCAACGAGUGGUUCCGUAUCUACAAGAUCCCUGACGGCAAGCCCGAGAACCAGUUCGCCUUCACUGGCGAGUGCAAGAACAAGACGUACGCCAUGGACGUCGUCCGUGAGUGCAACGAAGCCUGGGAGCGUCUCAUCACCGGCAAGACUGCCCCUGGCGGUGUCUCCACCACCAACGUCACCGUCCAGCACUCCAGCAGCCGUGUUGCCCCUGACCAGCUUCCUCCCCUCCCCCCCAACGAGGAUCUUCCCCCUGCCCCCAUCGAUAGCUCCAUCGACAAGUGGUUCUUCAUCAGCGGUGCUUCCGCUUAG